CGUGAGCACUAACUUCUCACUCCUCUUCUUCUUCUUCUUCUUCAGUCUGUGUUCACACAUUCUCCUUCACCCACCCAUCUAAAGAAAGCUCUCUCUCUCUCUCUCGGAGAUUUCGAGGGUGUGGUUGGUUUUCCGAUGACGUCCGAUGGUGCUACGUCGACAUCAGCAGCUGCGGCGGCGGCGGCUGCUGCUGCGGCGAGGAGGAAGCCUUCGUGGAGAGAGAGGGAGAAUAAUAGGAGGAGAGAGAGACGGAGAAGAGCUGUUGCUGCCAAGAUAUACACUGGUCUUAGAGCUCAAGGCGAUUAUAAUCUGCCUAAACAUUGUGAUAAUAAUGAGGUUCUUAAGGCUCUCUGUACUGAAGCUGGUUGGGUUGUUGAAGAAGACGGUACUACUUAUCGUAAGGGAUGCAAGCCUCUAGCUGGUGAGAUAGCUGGUACUUCAUCUCGAGUAACGCCUUACUCAUCUCAGAACCACAGCCCUCUUUCAUCGGCCUUUCAAAGUCCAAUCCCGUCUUACCAAGCCAGCCCGUCUUCCUCAUCUUUCCCGAGUCCGUCUCGUGGUGAACCAAACAAUAACAUCUCAUCUACCUACUUCCCCUUCCUCAGAAAUGGUGGCAUUCCUUCCUCUCUUCCUUCCCUCAGAAUCUCUAACAGUUGCCCUGUUACCCCACCUGUCUCUUCUCCUACUUCCAAGAAUCCUAAACCCUUGCCCCCCAACUGGGAAUCUAUUGCCAAGCAGUCCAUGGCCAUGGCUUCUUUUAACUACCCUUUCUAUGCUGUUUCUGCACCUGCUAGUCCCACUCAUCGCCAGUUUCAUACCCCCGCUACUAUACCUGAAUGUGAUGAGUCUGACUCUUCCACUGUUGAUUCUGGUCAUUGGAUAAGCUUUCAGAAGUUUGCACAACAGCAGCCUUUCUCUGCCUCCAUGGUCCCAACUUCUCCUACUUUCAACCUUGUGAAACCCGCGCCUCAGCAGAUGUCUCCAAAUACUGCUGCUUUCCAAGAGAUUGGUCAAAGCUCUGACUUUAAAUUUGAUAAUAGCCAAGUUAAACCGUGGGAAGGAGAGAGGAUACAUGAUGUGGGUAUGGAGGAUCUUGAGCUUACACUUGGAAAUGGCAAGGCUCGUGGUUGACAUGAACAACUAUGCAAACUCAAAUAGCAUGUGGGAUGGAAUUAUGAGAAACCAAUCCUCCUGAGUGAAUCUUCUAGGUUUUUGGAUCUCUAUGGAAUCUCAUACGUUCCUCACUUACUUUCCAAAUAUGCUGCUCCAUGGAAGCAUUGGAGUGUUAAGAGUGGUUUCUUCAAUUCAUAAAUUUGGUUUCAUAAGCAUUAUUUGUAGAUAAAAUAUCUUAAGAUGUAUGAUUCUGCUCCCUUACAAAUUUUACAUUAAUUUAGUGGCUUAUUACU